UUUAGUUGUAGACUCUGUUCUUCUUGUUCGGUUCAGCCAUCGAUCCGUCGCUAUUCUUUUAUCUCUCCGCCGCUGUAAAGUGAACACUCUCUCUCUCUCUCUCUCAAACUCUAUUAGUAAUGGAAACUGAAUCAAAACAGAAACUAACUAAUUUCAAAGUUGGAUCUUUGCCAACUCUAUUUUACAUCCCUGAUUUCAUCACAGAUACUCAUCAAACCCUUCUUCUUAACAAUAUUUAUGGAGCUCCUUCAUCAAAGUGGAAGUUGUUGAAGAAUAGAAGGCUUCAAAAUUGGGGUGGUGUUGUCCAUGAGAAGGGUCUUUUACCUCAAACUUUGCCUCCAUGGUUAACAAAUUUCACACAAAAAAUAUCUGAAGAAUCAGGACUAUUCCCAUCACCAAUCAACCAUGUUCUCAUAAACGAAUACCAACCUAACCAAGGCAUAAUGCCACACCAAGAUGGACCUUCCUAUUUUCCUGUUGUAGCUAUUCUAUCACUUGGAUCUCCUGUUGUCAUGGACUUCACACCCCAUGCCAGAUUAAAAUUGGAUUCAAAAGAUUCAAAUGGAGAAAUUACUGAGAUUGCGAAAGAUAAGUGGCUUGAUGAUCACCGCCCUUUUUCCAUUAUAUUGAUGCCUCGCAGUUUACUGAUAUUCAAGGAUCAGGCAUACUCAGAUUACUUGCAUGGUAUAAAAGAUUGUGCAGUACAUGGCUAUGAUGGGGCUGUAAAUGAAACUGAAGUUUUGAAACACAAUGAAUCAGAUAGACAUCUUUUUGGCACAGAGGAUGCAUUGGAAACAGUAGGAAAAGAAGAGUAUAAGAAUAUAUCUAGGACUUCCAAUAGAAUUUCAUUGACUUGUAGAUUGGUUCCAAAAGUUCACAAGAAUCUGUUUAGGUUUUGAAAUUAUAUAUUGAAAUUAAAGGAGAUAGACUGACAAGGUGAAGUUUACACUAUCAUCCAACCAUGACCAUUUCUGGCACAUCACAUUGUGCAGUUUUUAAAUUAAUUGUAGUGAUCAAUUAUUAUUGGUUGUCGAACAAUUUUACAUUGAUAAUACAUUUCAUUUAUUCACUUAUAUA